CGGUCAUGCCUUGCCGCCUUCAGUCCCUAGUCUCUGGGCCCCCGCCCUUCAGCCGCCUUUGAGUCGUGCCUGGGUCCUCACCCAUGCCUCAGAACCGCGAAGAAAGGAAGCUCGCGUGUUUGCUAGAAAACCUAGUUGGGAGUGCGAGGCAGAGAACGUUCAGCACACUUGUUCCUCCCGAACCCCCGGGACAGAGGCAGGGCUCUGAGGGCAGGGAUUCUCCUUCGUCUUGGCGCCACAGCCCGGGCUGGGCACUAAACACGGGCCGCGGCGGGGCGAGCGAGGCGAGCUUCGCGGAAGCUGACGCCUGAUGAUGGCUCAGUCCAACAUGCUCCCCGUGGCUGAUGUGUUGAGUCAAGAUGAACUGCGCAAAAAGCUAUACCAGACGUUUAAGGAUCGGGGUAUACUGGACACACUCAAGUCCACAGAGGUGUGAUGAAGUGGCAGAAAUUUUUCCUAUACUUCAUAUCCCAAUCGUAAGCUGCUGAAAUGGGCUUCUAGGGAAGUGAAGUUAUGAGUCUGCAAGCGGAUCUGGCUAACCACCCCUUUCAUUUGGAAGCUGGGGAAAGAAAGCUUUUUCUAGAACUCACUGGACUGCUUGUCUCACGGGACACAACUUCGAAACCAGCUAAUUCAUGAGUUGAUGCACCCUGUAUUGAGUGGAGAACUGCAACCUCGGUCCAUUUCAGUAGAAGGGAGCUCUCUCUUAAUAGGAGCCUCUAACUCUUUAGUGGCAGAUCACUUACAAAGAUGUGGCUAUGAAUAUUCACUUUCUGUUUUCUUUCCAGAAAGUGGUUUGGCAAAAGAAAAGGUAUUUACUAUGCAGGAUCUAUUACAACUCAUUAAAAUCAACCCUACUUCCAGUCUCUACAAAUCACUGGUUUCAGGAUCUGAUAAAGAAAAUCAAAAAGGUUUUCUUAUGCAUUUUUUAAAAGAAUUGGCAGAAUAUCAUCAAGCUAAAGAAAGUUGUAAUAUGGAAACUCAGACAAGUUUGACAUUUAGCAGAGAUUCUCUGGCUGAGAAGCUUCAGCUUAUUGAUGAUCAGUUUGCAGAUGCUUACCCUCAGCGUAUCAAGUUCGAAUCUUUAGAAAUAAAGCUAAAUGAAUAUAAGAGAGAAAUAGAAGAGCAACUUCGGGCAGAAAUGUGUCAAAAGUUGAAGUUUUUUAAAGAUACCGAGAUAGCAAAAAUUAAAAUGGAAGCGAAAAAACAGUAUGAGAAGGAAUUAGCCAUGUUCCAGAAUGAUUUUGAGAAAGCUUGUCAAGCAAAAUCUGAAGCCCUCGUUCUUCGGGAAAAGAGUACCCUUGAAAGAAUUCAAAAGCACCAAGAGAUUGAAACAAAAGAAAUUUAUGCUCAAAGGCAACUUUUACUAAAAGAUAUGGAUUUGCUAAGAGGAAGAGAAGCAGAGCUGAAGCAAAGAGUUGAAGCUUUUGAAUUGAACCAGAAGCUCCAGGAGGAAAAACAUAAAAGCAUAACUGAGGCACUUAGGAGACGGGAGCAGAAUAUAAAGAAUUUUGAGGAGACCUAUGACCGAAAGCUCAAGAAUGAACUUCUAAAGUAUCAACUUGAACUGAAGGAUGACUACAUCAUUAGAACUAAUCGACUGAUUGAAGAUGAAAGGAAGAAUAAAGAAAAAGCUGUUCAUUUGCAAGAGGAGCUCACAGCUAUUAAUUCAAAAAAGGAGGAACUCAAUCAAUCUGUAAAUCGUGUGAAAGAACUUGAGCUUGAAUUAGAGUCUGUCAAAGCGCAGUCUUUGGCAAUAACAAAACAAAACCAUAUGCUGAAUGAAAAGGUUAAAGAGAUGAGUGAUUAUUCACUACUCAAAGAAGAGAAACUGGAGCUUCUGGCACAAAAUAAAUUACUUAAACAACAACUGGAAGAGAGUAGAAAUGAAAUCUUGCAUCUCCUAAACCGCCCAAGGAGCGCUAACAGUGUGGCCCUGUUACUAGCCCAGGGAACUCCACCAUCCUUUGUGCAUACCCUGAGCCUAGCUCAGCCGGCUCCUGAACUUGCAGUCUUUCAGAAAGAACUACGGAAAGCCGAAAAGGCUAUAGUGGUUGAGCAUGAGGAGUUCGAAAGCCGCAGGCAAGCUCUGCACAAACAACUGCAAGAUGAAAUUGAACAUUCUGCACAGCUGAAGGCCCAGAUUCUGGGUUACAAAGCUUCUGUAAAGAGGUUAACUACUCAGGUUGCCGAUUUAAAAUUGCAACUGAAACAAACUCAGACAGCCCUAGAGAAUGAAGUGUACUGCAAUCCAAAGCAGUCUGUGAUCGAUCGUUCUGUCAAUGGAUUAAUAAAUGGCAACAUGGUGCCUCGCAAUGAUGAGAUAUGUGGGGAUUUUUUGAACAGUCCUUUUAAACAGGAAAAAGUUAUAGCACGUAUGGUUGCAUCAAGGAUCACAAAUUAUCCAAAUGCAUGGGUGGAGGGUAGUUCCCCUGAUUCUGACCUUGAGUUUGUAGCCAAUACUAAGGCAAGGGUCAAAGAGCUUCAGCAAGAGGCUGAACGCUUGGAAAAGGCUUUCAGAAGUUACCAUCGGAGAGUCAUUAAAAACUCUGCCAAAAGCCCACUAGCAGCAAAGAGCCCACCAUCUCUGCACUUGCUGGAAGCCUUCAAAAACAUUACUUCGAGUUCCCCGGAAAGACAUAUCUUUGGAGAGGACAGAGUUGUCUCUGAGCAGCCUCAAGUGGGCACACUUAAAGAAGAAAGGAAUGACGUCUUGGAAGUACUGACAAGCAGUGCUGCCUCGAGGCUCCACGGGGGCACUUCCUCCAGACGCCUCUCUUCCACACCCCUUCCAAAAGCAAAAAGAAGCCUCGAAAGUGAAAUGUAUCUAGAAGGUCUGAGCAGAUCACACGUUGUUUCCCCCAGUCCUUGUCCUGACAGAAUGCCCCUACUAUCACCCACUGAGUCUAGGCACAGCCUCUCCAUCCCUCCCGUCUCCAGCCCUACGGAGCAGAAAGUGGGUCGUUAUCGAAGACAAACUGAACUUCAAGACAAAAGUGAAUUUUCAGAUGUGGACAAGCUAGCUUUUAAGGAUAAUGAGGAAUUUGAAUCAUCUUUUGAAUCUGCAGGGAACGUGCCAAGGCAGUUGGAAAUGGAUGGGCUCUCUCCUGCUGGGGACAUGCCUUAUGUGGAUGCUGCUGCAGCUCCUGUGCCCUUCUCAUAUCAGCACCCAAGUGUAGAUCAGAAACAAAUUGAAGAACAAAAGGAAGAAGAAAAAAUACGGGAACAGCAAGUGAAAGAACGAAGGCAGAGAGAAGAAAGAAGGCAGAGUAAUCUACAAGAAGUUUUAGAAAGGGAACGAAGACAACUAGAAAAACUGUAUCAGGAAAGGAGGAUGAUUGAAGAAUCACUGAAGAUUGAAAUGGAAAAUGAAUUAGAAAUGGAAAAUGAAUUAGAAAUGAGUAAUCAAGAAAUGAAAGACAAAUCUGCUCACAGUGAAAAUCCUUUAGAGAAAUACAUGAAAAUCAUCCAGCAGGAGCAAGACCAGCAGUCGGCAGAUAAGAGCUCAAAAAAGAUGGUCCAAGAAGGCUCCCUAGUGGACACGCUGCAAUCUAGUGACAAAGUUGAAAGUUUAACAGGCUUUUCUCAUGAAGAACCAGAUGACUCUUGGUAACCAUGUUUGCUGCCCAGCUUCUAACUUACAUACUAUGAGAAGUUACAUAACAUUUACUCCUUUGUAAAUGUUUCUCUAUCAUCAGACAAAACUCAAUAAAAAUGUGUGUAAUCCAGCGUGGGUUUUUUUUCCCCUAAUUUUGAUACCACAGUGUGUGAACCAAGAAUAAUCUAGUCACGUGAAACCUCUUCUCCAGUCAUAGUAUUUCUCAUUCAUUGUAAUAAAAGGAACUGGCUUUUAACCUCAUUUUUGCCUUAAAUUUUUAAAUGAGUAUAACCUAUCUUAUUGGUCAACUCCAGGCCUACAUUUUGGAAGUUUAAGCUGUGUUCUUUUCUCUCCAAAGUUGGGCUGCUACCUGUAAAACAGGUUAUUUUUCUCAGCAUUACUUCUGUUUUGUCCCUGAACAUAAAAACAGAUUUUUCUAGGCAUUAGAAAUAGUAAGAUAUUGCCUCUGGUCUUUACUUUUGACAUCUGUGGUUUGAAUGUAUGUGUCCCUCCAAAAUUCAUAUGUUGGAAUUUAAACCCCCCCCCAGUGUGAUAGAAUUAAGAGGUGGCGCCUUUCACAGGUGACUAAGAGUGGGAUUAGUGACCUUAUAAAAGGGCUUAAUGGAACUAGUGAGGCCCUUUUGCCCUUCCACCAUUUGAAGACACUGCAUUGGUCCCCUCUGGAGAACACAGCAACAAGGCACCAUCUUGGAAGCAGAGACUGCGCCUUCACCAGACAUCCAACCUGCCAGUGCCUUGAUCUUGGACUUCCCAGCCUCUCAAACGAGUCCAAAUUACAUCACCUACAAUUGGUGCCAAGGCAGCCAACUAAUACUUCCUGCAAACUACAUGUGGUAAGUUAACACAGGCGCCAGUUAACCAAGGUUGAGUGCCAGAAUCAUUGGCUUCAAUAGGCUGGUAAAAGCUGGAAGGGAAAUCUGUCAUUUAGAGGCUAGAGGGAGGAGGCUAGACUAGGGUGGUCUUGGGGCCAUUACUCACCAGGGCAAUGACGGUGGCACCAGCUCCUGCACAGGCCACAAUGAACAGGUGAUAGGACAUGUAAAACUACAAAAGAACAGGGCACCAACAUAAGCAUUUGAUGUGUAAUGAAAUGACCUACACUCAUUCUGGGGUGCUGCUUCAUCUGUCUCCUUUGCAGCUAUUCUCUGCAAGACUGGGCACAGGCCUGCCUUCUCUUCAUGCUCUGGCCUCAUGGUGGAGUCACCUGAGGAGCUUUAAAAACUUUCUGAUGCCCAGACUGCCCUCCAAAUCAAUUAAAUCUGAAUACCUAGGGGCUGGGCCUCAGCCAUCAGUAUAACAUAGUGCUGCCUUGAUGGCUGAAAGGUGCAGCCAAGGUGGAGAGCCCCUGCUUCAAGCCACUGCAUAUUAUGGAUAUACAAAUUGACAAGUUGGAUAGGGUAGGAGCUGAUUAUUUCUGUAACUCACUGCUUUUUAAAAGCUUGCCAGGAUUUUCUUAAAUAUACAAGCACCUACGAAUGCAUUUAAGAAUUUUCCUGUAUAAACAGUUACAAGCCAAUGACCGAAGAAUGUUCUAGGGCUGAGACAAUUUAAACCAAAGUGUUAGGACACACUCCCUAUUAAGAAUGAAUGAGAAAUAGAGAAGUAGCCAAGUCAUUCCAGAAAUAUAAAUGAUUAACUGUGGCCUCAUUUAUUAAAAAUUGGGUAUAUACACAAAUUCCUCUAUGAAAUAGAGGGACUCCUCUAUGAAAAUUAACUUACAUCUGUUCUAUGACAGGUGUUCUACUUUGAAAAUCUUUCUGAAGAGGUGAGAGAAGAAUCUAGAUAUAUUAUUAGGUUUGUAGGUUUGGGUUCACCUCUAAAUUAUUGCCCAAAGGAAAAGCUCUCCACUUCUUAAAGAUUCUCACCAAAUGGGUUGGACCAUAUGAAGUGACCAUUUUUGUAGGUCAAAAAUGUCUGAAUAGUGAUGGUUACAUAUAGCUCAAUCUUACAUAUAACUCAAUCUUAAAGAGUCUAAACAAGGAGCUUUCCUUAAUAGCAUUUUAAUUAUCUCUCUCCCUCUUUCUAUAGCUAGGAGAACCCUUUUCUCAGCCUAAUAUUCAAGGGUUAUUCUUAUGAGCCCUCUGAACUGUGAUGAGUUUACCUCGUUUGUGUUGCAGAUGUUCUCCAGGGCAGAGCCGCAUAUUUUUCCCGGGAAAGCAUUCCAAGGAAUGAUACCUGUAAAAUGAACCCCAAUAGGAUGUUAGUACAAACUACAGUGCCUCAUGUUCUUAAUAGACCCCACCACUUUGGAUGCCAGUUACAGUGUAAUUGUAGGCUAUGUUCUUCAUUAAGAAUUGAUGGAUCUGCUGUCUGCAGAACAAGCAUUUUGGAAUAAAUAGCCCCAUUUGAACAGUAGGCCAAAAGCAAAGCCAACUAGUUCAUAAGAAAUCUAAACAGCCUGAUAUUUUUUUCCCCUACAAAUUGUGCUUUAUUCAGUGAGGGUUCAUAUUUGGAAGUUCAUAUUUGUAAAGAUUAAUUUUCAAAGCCAGACCUUUCCUAUAGUUACUGCAGGACAACCCCCUCAUAAAGCAUUUUAUCACAUUGAGGUCAAAAUACAUUUCCUCAUGAAUGUUGUGGUCUGUGGCCUUGCUGUCCAAGCUCUGUUAGUGGUCUGCCAGGAGUUCCAAAACUGCAAGUAUACACUCGGAAACAAAUUACAGGUUGACAGAGUAAUUUAUGUUUGUGGAAAUCCAAUAAAAAACUCUGGAUUUGUA